CCCGGACCAAGCUGCCGAAAGCAGUGUCCUCCACGAGCGAGGACCGAUAACCACCCAUCUUGCGAGGAGCAGCCAACCCUCGAUAAACGCCCGUGACGAAGUAACUAUAUCUCGGAGAGUGUCCGAGAUAAGCGGGAGAUGGAGGAGGCGAAGAUAAGAUUGAGGGGAGGAGCGGGGAAAGUGAUUGAUAGCGCAGUCUGUCGGCACGCAAAAGUGGUCGCCGAUGAGGAGAUUCCCCAACUCCCCAAUAAAAGGACCGUGUUCGGCAAUCAGUUCAGUCAGAAUUCCGGAGUUUUGUUCACUCCAUACGUGAUACUACCGACCGACCAUGCUGAGUGCGAGACCGUUGCUCCUGGCUGCACUGCCGCUCAUUCUGCUGCUGUUUGUCCAGCAGCCAUCUAGCAGCACUCAACAGCUCCAAACACUCCUUGCCUCGUGGCUGCCCUCGUCGCUACACAAUGCUAUCCUCCUGGAUCGGCCCCGCGUCGCCAUAUCCCAGGGCACGGUGGUGGGCACCACGUUGACAGACACUUUAAACCAUCCGGUGGACGCGUUCCGUGGAAUCCCCUAUGCCGUACCGCCGGUGGGCGAUCGCAGGUUCCGUCGGGCCGUUCCUGUCAAUGCGUCGGACGAGUUGGUCGAUGCCAGUCGCUAUGGUCCACGCUGCCCAGGCAAGCAGUUGUUGCAGAUCCCCGGGGAUAGCGGCAGCAGCGAGGAUUGUCUUACGGUCAAUGUCUUUCGUCCCCAGGGGGUGCAGGGCAAGCUCCCUGUUGCUGUCUACGUUCACGGUGGCGCUUAUAACCGCGGAACAGCGUCCAUGGCAAGUGCAUGCGCCCUCGAGGCUAGCAAGGCGAACAAGAAACAUGCGCAACUAACACACUGCAGAAUCGGUGCUCUCGGCUUCCUCCCCUCGACCACCACAGCGAACGAAGGCAUCCUUAACCUCGGACUGCACGACCAACUCCUCCUGUUCCAAUGGGUGCAAGACAACAUCGCCAGCUUCGGCGGCGACCCAUCCCAAGUCACUCUGAUCGGGCUUUCGGCCGGCGCGCACUCAAUCGCCCACCACAUCCUAAACCCCGACCUACAACACACCUACUUCCACCGGGCGAUCAUCGAAUCCGGCGCCGCGACCUCUCGCGCCGUCCACGCCCACAACGCGGCCCUACACGAAGCACAAUUCCGGGAGUUCGUGACCGCAGCCGGAUGCGCCCACACCCUGUCCCUCCCCGACCCCAACAUCCUAACCUGCCUGCGCGCCGCGCCGUCCACGACCAUCACCACCGCCUCCUCCACCGUCUUCGACCGCUACAACCCAUCCGUACGGUGGGCCUUCCAGCCCGUCAUCGACGGCGACCUCAUCAAGCGCCGGCCCAUCGACGCCUGGCGCGCCGGCGCCUGGAACAAGAACAUUGCACUGCUGACGGGCUUCAACACCAACGAGGGCACGUACUACGUGCCGACGGCGCUGGCCACCGCGGCCGAAUUCUCCGCCUUCUUCGCAGCCCUCCUCCCCGCGUGGACCGCCCAGGACCUGCGCGCCAUCGACGCGCUCUACCCGGAUCCGGCCGUCGAUGGCGCGUCCCCGUACCUCGAGACGAGGAAUAUCAGCGUGGGCCCGCAGUUCAAGCGCGUCGAGGCCGCGUACGGCCACUACGCGUAUGCGUGUCCCGUGCGCCAGACGGCGCGGUUUGUGUCGGCGGCGCAGCAGCAGCGCGAGCCGGUGUUCCUGUAUCGGUGGGCGUUGAAUAGGACCGUGCUGGGCGGGGCGAAUCAUGGGGAUCAGAUGGCGUAUGAGACGUUCGAUCCCGAGGUCAGGGCGUUCUCGCCGGCGCAGGAGGAGAUGGCCGGGACGUUUCAUGCGUACAUCACUUCGUUUAUUGUGAGUGGGGAUCCGAAUGCGGUGCGAGGGAGGUUUGCGCGAAGACCGCGCUGGGAGCCGUUUGAUGCUUCGCAGAGGAUUAUGGUGCUUGGAGAGGGCAAUGAUGAGCGUGCGGGGGGCCGGGGUGUGGGCGUGACGGCGCAGAUGGCGGAUGAUGAAUGGAGUAGCAAGGAGUGUGAUUUCUGGUGGACAAAGAGCGGUGUUUCGGACUGAUUGGGUGAGAGGGAAUUACCUUGCUGAGUGGGAGGGUGGAUUGUAUAGUAGAGGAUGAU